UUUCAAGUUUACGAAUAGGAAUAGCCGAGAAAGACAGGAUGAUACCGGUCAGUUCUAGCAGGAGGAAGAACAACAUUGGGUGUCAUCGGCAGGGCCUAUGGGCCAGGGGUAAAACUCUGGUUUUCUAUGGGGCUGUCGGUGGCAUUCCAGGGUUGGGCAGCGUUGAGUGUCCUCGGCAGGGCCUAUGGGCCAGGGGUAAUACUCUGGUUUACUAUGGGGCUGUCGGUGGCAUUUCAGGGUUGUUUAGAUUCCUGCGGGGUCGAGGCGGUAGUGGGGGAUCAUCUCGGGCAGAAUGGUACAGCCAGUAAACAAUUUGAAAGUACAUUUUUCCGCUAUUGAGAAGAGUUGAUUUCAGCCCAUAGUCUGGAGCCGCAAGAAGUAUGUCUUGAUAUGGGUGGGUCGGAUCGGCCACAACUUGUAGCCUUUCACCCCUAUGUCCGUAACGUUUCCCACUAGGAGCUCAGAAUGGAGGAGAACCGUGUCACGCAUUUAAAAUGCAUAAAGUCGCAGUAGGACAAGCAGCGAAACAGGUCGAAACCCGUGUAGGAGGAGCAAUUUUGAUGUGGAGUGGUUUUUAAGUAUUUCGCAAUGGUAAAUGGGAGGGGGCGGGAGUACCUUAAUUAUUAUUCAAAGGAGCUUCCUACCGUUUUUGUUAUUUGCUUUUCCACGAAAUAUUUUAUGUAAAUUGUUCCGCGAAAAAGCAAGGGUGGGUCAAUGUUGUAGGAAGCUCCGCAGAUUGUAACCGUAUGGUUGAAGUUAUCCCCGUUUUCCCGGAGUUCCAAAGUAUUUGGAUUAUUCUGGUUUUCAGCGCUUCUACAGCCACCCCCUUGAUCAGAAGCCGCUUGGUAUAGCUUCGACGAGGGUUUAGGUGAGCGUGAGUGCCGUCCCCAUAGCGUUGUGUUGAGUGUGACGCCUUAGCAUAGCAUCGGACAGCAUAGUGAGAUUGGAUUGAUAAGCGGUUGAGUUCAGUAGGUGUUGUUGCUGAUCAGGAGUUCACCUUCAGGUUGACUAAACGAGACCACAUUCGACUCUACCUCUUGUGCACAACAGAGACCCGUGACCGCAACACGGGCAUCGACCGCAUUGACCAAACAUUCCUUGGACCCGACGUGCUAGCAGAACCACCCUUGCUAGUAGAACCACACCUUACUUGUGAUUGGUUCGCAGUGCUCCACCUCAGAACACAAACCCAGCUAAAAGCAUAUAUCACAGGGAAGCAUGUCUUGUAACUAAACCGCGUUAUCUCGCCGCAUGUUGAAAAUUUGUGUGUCGUACGCCGUCGUGACUCCGUUCUUGUUCUUGCUUCCUUGCGUAACGCUACUCGUACGGUUGGUUGUUGGGCAUACGUGGUGAUUGGUAGGAUCGCUACAUGAUCGCUGGAGGCGAAGGUGUUUUUGCUUGGGUAGCGAGACUUUCGCGCGAAGCACGUGUUCGGAGUUUGGAGUUUGAGGCGGCGCAAUAAAAAUGAAAGUUUGUUCUCGAAGACAGAAUACCUGUAACUGCUGUUCAUUUUGCACGGAGGGAUUCGGAGUAUCUCCCAGAUCUACGUUUGUAUUUGGGUUAUCGUUGUACCGCGCUGGAGGCGUGUCGGUUGGGUUGUCUUGACUUGGUUUUCUGGGGUCUUGCAAGGAAAGGGUCUCACGGAGUUCUCAUUCUGCUGCCUCGCUGCUCCUGCAGCAAGAGUUCGAUAGACGCGUAUCUACUGAACCAAGGGCUACGUGUUGAGGAAUGCACAGCAGUGUGUAACACGCAGCCCGCGUCGGAGGGUCACGCGAGAAGGAGGGCAGCAGCUAGCUACAUCGAGGUUUGGACCUAUGCAUAUUGCAUAGCUAUCAGAACUUCGUAGCUUUUCUCGGGGACCUGUGGGACGCCGGCAGGAUGAUGAUGGAACACGCUCGGCUGGAGCGCCCAGCCGUGGAACUACGAGGGGACUACUACCUACUCUGGGGGCUUGACAAUUCGCGCGCCUCAGCGGACCACAUCGUCAAUCUGCACUGAAAUCGACUUGACAACGGAAAAACACAACAGAUAAGUGUGACACAUUUCACGAAAAAACAUGUACGCUUCUCUCUUUACGAGAAUGGUCAUCAUCGCGGCGUUGGCGGUAAGCGCCUUCUCCGUAUCAUCCCCAAGACACGAGGUACCCUCGAGUACCGAACCAGGGUGGUGAUGGUGAAGGUCCCCCUGAUGGCCGCAGCAAGCAGCGUGAAGUCCUUCCAGGACAUCUUGGAGCACGCCCCGGUGUCGCUCGAGCACUUCUUGACUGGGUACCGAGCCGCAAUGGUCGGAGUACCGGCGUGCAACGACUGCGUAGAGCCGGUAUAGAGCAUCUCCGUCCUUUUUUUGUGGUAAACAUUUGACCAGCAGGUGUUGCAAGCGGUACAGCGUAGAGUGCACUAAGAUGCGAGCUGUUUGCAUCAGCUCGCGUGGCGAUAACAACAUGUUCUUGUAUUCUGUAACGGUUGUAGAAUGGGCCUUUACUUUUAUGGAUCAUUGUGCCUCAGCCCUCCUCGAGACAUGGUCUCUGGU